UCCUCUCUAUGGUCGCUCCGCCUCUCCCUCGGCCAUGAAAUCCGCGUUCGUCACCGUGGGCACGACAAGCUUCGACGACCUCGUUACCGCCGUGACGACUCCCGAGGCUCUGCAGGUUUUACAGGAUCUUGGCUACAGCAAACUAGUCCUUCAGGUUGGCAGGGGCACAGUGUGUCCGGAUUCAGUCAGCUCAGCUACGUUUAUCCUGGAAGUCUUCCGGUUCAAGAACUCCCUAGCUGAAGAUGUGCAAACAGCCGAUCUUGUCAUAAGUCAUGCAGGUGCAGGUAGCUGUUUGGAAGUUCUGGAAGCUAGGAAACCGCUUCUGGUCGUUAUCAAUGACAAGCUUAUGGACAAUCAUCAGUUAGAACUGGCAAGACAACUUCAUAGGGACGGGCAUCUCUUUUACUGCACUUGCAAGACCCUUGUACAGACUCUUCAGUCAAUGGAUUUGUCAACUCUGAAGCCUUUUCCCUCUGGACAGCCAGAAAAAUUUGCUGCAUUCUUGGAUAGAGUGAUGGACAUUUGAAGGAAUGGGCUGUAAAAGAAAACUCACUCGUUUGAAAUGAAUGCUGUUUGCAUAAUUUCAGCAUGGGUGUUUAUGCACAUGCAUUUAAAUUAUGGACUAAACCACAGGGUCAACUUGAAUAAAAAGGAAUUUGGAGCAAAAGGGCUUUGGAUAAAUGCAGGCUACAUUGUACAAUGUAACUAAGCUGAAGAAACAACCUGAAGCAAAGGGAACAUAUGCAUGUGAAUAAAAUCUCUUUUGAAAUCUGUUAAACAUAAAUUUGCAACAGACCAGAUUAGUUUUGCUUUUAAGAUGGACACAGAAGCCAGCUCUGCUAAUCAUAUAGCCACUUUUUAAUAACGAACGUUGGAUGAGUACAAAAGCUUGUCAGGUUUCCAAGGCAAAGUGACACUUUGCAAGAGCUCCUUGUUAACACGAAAACAGGCAAAUCUGUUCAGCAGUUUUCUGAGGGAUCUUUUAAUCAGCGUUAUGAGCACCAUUGUAUUCAUACAUUUCUGUAACCUGUCCCUGUGAUGUCUGUGCUCUUGCCAGCAAUAAACCAGAAAAGUAAAGUAAAACAA